UCCUUUGUUCGCCCUCGUUGCGCAGCAGUGCGAGCUGCUUCUCCUUCCGUUCUCGCGCCCGCCACCUCUCCCGCGUGCCGCGCUGCUAGGAAGCGCCCCUGCCCGCGAGCUCGUGGGAGCGUGAGCCCCGUCGUCACCCUGCAGACCCACGGGGGGAAAAUGGUUGAAGCAGAUCGCCCAGGAAAGCUCUUCAUUGGCGGGCUUAACACAGAAACAAAUGAGAAAGCCCUUGAAGCAGUAUUUGGCAAAUAUGGGCGAAUAGUGGAAGUGCUCUUGAUGAAAGAUCGGGAAACCAACAAAUCAAGAGGGUUUGCUUUUGUCACCUUCGAGAGCCCAGCAGAUGCUAAGGAUGCAGCUCGAGACAUGAAUGGAAAGUCCCUAGAUGGGAAAGCCAUCAAGGUAGAACAAGCUACUAAACCGUCUUUUGAAAGUGGGAGACGUGGACCACCUCCACCUCCAAGAAGCAGAGGCCCUCCAAGAGGCCUAAGAGGUGGAAGAGGAGGAAGUGGAGGAGCCAGGGGUCCUCCCUCACGUGGAGGGCACAUGGAUGAUGGUGGAUAUUCCAUGAAUUUUAAUAUGAGUUCUUCCAGGGGACCACUGCCAGUAAAAAGAGGACCCCCACCACGAAGUGGAGGUCCUCCUCCUAAAAGAUCUGCCCCUUCAGGACCAGUUCGAAGCAGCAGUGGAAUGGGAGGAAGAGCUCCUGUAUCCCGUGGGAGAGAUAGCUAUGGAGGCCCACCUCGAAGGGAACCCCUGCCCUCUCGAAGAGAUGUUUAUUUGUCCCCAAGAGAUGAUGGAUAUUCUACUAAAGACAGCUAUUCAAGCAGAGAUUACCCGAGUUCUCGAGACACAAGAGAUUAUGCGCCCCCGCCCAGAGAUUAUACUUACCGUGAUUAUGGUCAUUCCAGUUCACGUGAUGACUACCCAUCAAGAGGCUAUAGUGAUAGAGAUGGCUAUGGUCGUGAUCGUGACUAUUCAGAUCAUCCAAGUGGAGGUUCCUACAGAGAUUCAUAUGAGAGUUAUGGUAACUCACGUAGUGCUCCACCUACACGAGGGCCCCCGCCAUCUUAUGGUGGAAGCAGUCGCUAUGAUGAUUACAGCAGCUCACGUGACGGAUAUGGUGGAAGUCGAGACAGUUACUCAAGCAGCCGAAGUGAUCUCUACUCAAGUGGUCGUGAUCGGGUUGGCAGACAAGACAGAGGGCUUCCCCCUUCUAUGGAAAGGGGGUACCCUCCUCCGCGUGAUUCCUACAGCAGUUCAAGCCGCGGAGCACCAAGAGGUGGUGGCCGUGGAGGAAGCCGAUCUGAUAGAGGGGGAGGCAGAAGCAGAUAUUAAAAACAAACAAAACUUUGGACCAAAAUCCCUGUUCAAAGAAACAAACAAAGUGGAACCUAUUCUGUCAUAACUACCCAAGGACUACUAAACGGAAAAAUUGUGUUACCUUUUUUAAAUUUCCUGUUAAGUUCCCCUCCAUAAUUUUUAUGUUCUUGUGAGGCAAAGUAAAACAUGUUUAAUCUUACUUGAUUUUAUGACAUUGCUUUUCAACAAGCAAAUGUUUAAUGUGUUAAGACUUGACUUGUGUACUAGGUGUUGUAAUUUUCCAAGUAAAAGUGUCCCUAAAGGCCACUUUCCGAUUUUUCCCAGUAAAUAAGGCAAGCAAUUCUCAGAUCUUCCACAAACAUCUAGCCAUCUAAAAUGGAGAGAUGAAUUCUUCCUAUACAAGCAAGCUAGCUACUAGAGGGUGGUUGGGGUAUGCUACUCUUAGGAUUUCAGAGUGUCUUCAAACUGAAAUCUCAAAUGUUCUCAGUUAUGAAAAACCUGAGAUCAAAUGCUUAUGUAAGGAAAGUGCUAUAUGCCCAGUAAACCCCCGCCCCCCCAAAAUGGAAACAAAUGGAUAAUGCUGGCCAUAUUUGCCUUUCUGAAAUUUCCUUGGGAAUCUGCAAGAACCUCCCCUUCCCCUCCCCCCAAUAAGACCAUUUAAGUGUGUGUUAAGCAACUACAGAAUACUAAAUAAAAAGUUUGGCCAAAACCAA